AUGUUACUCCAGUUUCAUUUCCGGAGAGGACACAACACAAUUUCCACCAUCGUGCACGAGGUCUGCCUAGCCAUCUACAGUGCUCUGAAGGAUGACUUCCUGAAGGUACGCAGCACUCGUGCUGAAUGGAAACAGAUCGCACAGAAGUACGAAGACCUCUGGCAGUUCCCUCACUGCGUUGGGGCGUUAGAUGGGAAACAUGUUGCCCUGAUGCCACCUCACGACUCCGGAGCUCAGUUCCGGAACUACAAGGGCUUUUUUAGCAUUGUGUUGAUGGCACUGGUGGAUGCGGAGCUGAACUUCGUCUUUGUGGAUGUGGGCCGCAAUGGCCGAAUGAACGAAAGUGGCAUCUGGGGCGCCUGCAAGCUCAAAGAGGCACUGGAGAAGGAGCCAUCCAUCCUUCCUGAUGCCCAAGUGCUUCCACGAUCAACACAAGCAGCACCCUAUGUGAUUGUGGGGGAUGAAGGUUUUGGCCUGAAGCCUUACCUAAUGAGGCCACACCCUGCUGCAGAGCUCACUACAGAGAAGCGGUUGUUCAACUACAGGCUGUCACGUGCUCGACGCACAUCGGAGAACGCAUUUGGCGUGCUCGCCAAUCGAUGGCAGAUAUAUAGGUCUCCCCUGCGUCAUGAUCCCAAGCGAGCCACCGACAUUGUGCUGGCCACUGUGGCACUCCACAACUUUCUCCGGUCGAAAAGGACGACGCGACAGCUCUACACUCCUUCAGACAGCUUGGAUGUUGAGGACAUCCUGACCGGGAAUGUGCGCAAUGGCUCAUGGAGACAGGGUGUGAGCCCAGCUGGAGCAAUGCGGCAGUUCCGGAGAGGUGGGAGCAACUGCAGUGACUAUGCCAAGGCAGUUCGGAACCUCUACACGAACUACUUCGUCAACGAGGGACAAGUGAGCUGGCAGUGGCGAUCGAUCACUUAA